AUGUCGUGUGACAGCUACAUAUGUGUGACCAUAGACAGCUACAUCUGUGUGACAAAAGACAGCUACAUCUGUGUGAACAUAGACAACUACAUCUGUGUGACCAUAGACAGCUACAUCUGUGUGACCAUAGACAUCUACAUAUGUGUGACCAUAGACAGCUACAUCUGUGUGACUAUAGACAGCUACAUCUGUGUGACAAUAGUCACACAGAUCUACAUCUGUGUGAACAUAGACAACUACAUCUGUGUGGCCAUAGACAGCUACAUCUGUGUGACCAUGGACAGCUGCAUUUGUGUGAACAUAGACAGCUACAUCUGUGUGACAAUAGACAACUACAUCUGUGUGACCAUAGACAGCUACAUCUGGGUGACCAUAGACAGCUACAUCUGUGUGACAAAAGACAGCUUCAUCUGUGUGAACAUAGACAACUACAUCUGUGUGGCCAUAGACAGCUACAUCUGUGUGACCAUGGACAGCUACAUUUGUGUGAACAUAGACAGCUACAUCUGA